AAAGUAUAGGAUACAAAUGUGUGUGUAUCCCCUUGCUUCAAAUAAAAUAUCCAAAUAUGGACUGUCAAAAAUUAUACAUAUCAGGUAAAAAAAAAGGGGGUAAUCAACUGCACUUGAAAUUUUGACGGCAUUAGUGUGUAUAAAUGUGUGUGUAUAUGCAGCAUUUUGAAUAUACCAUAUUUGGAUUUUAAUUGCCUCUCUGUCAGUACUUUUUAACUCUCUUUGUUUUUUUUGUAUAUGUGUCCCUGAAUGCAAAUUCUCCUUUCUUCCCCUAUAAUAAUAGUAGUAUUUAAAUACACCUUCUUUAUCUGUUUACAUAUGAUUUGUAUAUAAACCUCUUUUUUUUUCUUUUUUGUAUUGUGUAAUCUUUAUAUACUUUCAUAUAUCUCUGGUAAAAAUAUUAGACAUGACUAUAUAAAGAAGGAGCUUUGGCUUAUUGUUUACAUAUAGUUGUAUCUCCAUUAUAUAAAGUCAUGGAUAUCAAGUACCUUUUAUGCGAUCCUGUAUCAACGCUUACAAUCAAAGAAAGUCAACCAAAAGUCGAUAUAGCCAACUCUUGGCCAACUAAUAAUCACUCCCUAAACAUAGCGAAUGAAUUGGGCCACAGCAGUAAUAAUAGUAGUGGCAGUCCAGAGAGCAUUUAUAGCAACAUCAGUUCCUCUAGCAGUGCCAGUAGUUUUUAUAUGGAUGGUCCUUUGACACCUAGUCGAAGCUAUAGUUGGACUCCUUUACCUCAUCAUCCUCUGCCUCAGUCUCACCGUCGACGUACGACAAGCGAUAUUGGCCACAUAAGACAUCAUAUGUUUGUUUACAACACUGUCAAUCGUCGAACACGAUCUGAAUCAACUGGAUCAACACAACAAACAAGAACUCCUUGGACCCCAUUCGAGGAUGAACUUCUCCGACGUGGUUACAACCAAGGCCUAUCUUGGGCAAUGAUAUCUUCUACCUAUCUUCCUCAUCGAUCUAGGGGAUGCUGUUGGGGACGUUUCAAGACCUUACAAAGUAAAAAUUUGGUAGAUCCAAAUCACAUGCGUUAUUUCAAACGACCUUGGAAGUCUAUUGAAUUUGGUCAACAACAAAAUUAAUCUUUUCUGCUUCUCUUUAUUCCUUUUUCUGGAUAUAUUUACCUUCUUUAAUGCCU